CAACGUCAAUAUCAUCUGUGAAUUGAGGUUAUAAAAUUAAUAAACUGUUUUGAUUUAUUAUUAUUUGUUUUAAAUAAUACAAUAAGAUGUCUAAGUCUGUAGCUCGUUUAAAAUCAAUGAAGAAGGUUGCGGAUAAAAUCGAUCACUCAUCCAAAUUGCGCACCAAUAUACCUGCAGGAAUGGCUUCAGCUGGGCCCCCCUUAGGACCGAUGUUAGGCCAGCGGAAUAUUAACAUUGCAGCAUUUUGCAAGGACUUUAACGAAAAGACAGCAAACAUUAAACAAGGAAUCCCAUUACCAGUUCGCGUUAAAGUAAACCCCGAUCGAUCUUACCAACUGAUCAUACAUCAACCACCAUCUUCUUAUUUCUUAAAACAAGCAGCUGGGGUCAAGCGUGGUGCUAUGGAACCAGUGAAGGAAAUGUGUGGUAAAAUUACAAUCAAACACAUAUAUGAGAUAGCUAAAAUAAAAUCGCAAGACCCUCCUCUUGAAUGGAGACCACUGCAGGAAAUCUGUAAUAUGUUGCUUUCACAAGCCAGAACAUGUGGGAUUGAAGUUGUGCGAUCAUUAGAUCCAAAGGAGUAUGGUGAAUUUUUAAAUGAAAGGAAAGCUAUAGUAGAAGAACAAAAGAAAGUGUUGCAAGAGAAGAGAGAAGCAAAGAUGUUAAGAACCGCUUAAUUUAUAUUAUGUUCCUUGUAAAUAGUACUAGUUAUUUCAAAUUAGUUUAUCUAAUAAAUGUAGUUAAUAUCUCAA